CGCACGAUUCCAGGGUGAGCCGCGAUGCGCUUGCCCCUGCCCAUCUCAAGAGCGCCCGCGAUCUGUUCUUUCCUGCGAGAUUUCUCCACUGCGCUAAGGAAUGCGGCCGUGGAGCAAGGGCAUUUCCACGAAAGGAAGAACAAGUCGACUUCCAUCUGCGAGAAGCGAUGCGAAAAUCUCGAGUCAAAGAAAUUUAGCGAUCCAUCUCUUCCCAAAUCAUCUUCCCGGAAGAAGAUCAACAACAGAGAAGCUCGACAAGCUUACCAAGAAACGCUCGACUCCGGCACCACUCCGCCUCUCGCCACCUCCAUCGCCGCUCUCAAAGCCUGCCGCUCCAUCCGGGAUCUAGAUCGAGGCUCGAGAAUCCACGCCGAGCUAGUCCAUCUCCACGGCGAUGGGAGAAACCUCCACACCGGCAUAUGGAACGCUCUGGUGGAAAUGUACGCGAAGUGUGGCAGCAUCGCCACAGCCCGCCAGCUCUUCGAGACAAUGCCGGUGGAGCGAGGCUUGGAUUCCUGGAACGCGCUCAUCGAGGGAUACGCUCACACUGGCAAAGGAGUCAUGGCCUUGGAGAUCUUCCACCGGAUGGAGAAAGAAAACGAUCGUCACAUCAGACCAGAUGCUAGGAGUUUCAUCGCUGCGAUCACUGCUUGCUCGAGCAUGGCCACCAGUGAAGAUCAUGGGAAGAUGGCGAGCCUGGAGAGAGGGAGAGCUCUCCACGCAAAGCUCUCCAGUUUGAAUCUCGAGAGAGAUCCAUCCGUGGCGAGCGCGCUGGUGGAGAUGUAUUCCAAGUGUGGAAGCAUGGCUGAUGCAAGGAAAGUCUUCCUGGGCGAUCGUCGCAACGCGCUGGCGUGGACGGCACUGAUCCUGGGCUACGUCCAAUCCGGCGAGGUGGCUGCGGCGGUUGAGUUCUUUGAUCGGAUGAGACGGCACGGGCUCGCGAUCAAUCGCCGGGCGAGCGUGGCGGCUAUCGGAGAUUGCGCCAUCGCUGCUGCCAAGGAGAAGAAGAUCCCAUCGAGGGCGGUGUUCUUGGAUCGAGGACGGGUGAUCUAUGGCUUCCUCGCGGCGACCGGCGACGAUCUGGAUGGAUUCGCGGCCACUGCGAUGGUGGACCUGUGCGCCAAGUGUGGGAGAAUGGACGAGGCGAGCACAAUCUUUGAGAGGAUCGAUCGCAAGAGUGUGGCGGCGUGGACGACGAUGGUGAUGGGGUAUGCGCAGUGCGACGAUGGCCAACGAGCUCUUGCGGCAUUUGCGAGGAUGAGGAGCGAGCUUUCGGCGAUCGAUGCGCGGGCUUACGUCGCGGGGAUCAAGGCUUCCAUCGCCGCGGGAUCCAGUGAGGAAGGGAAGAGAUCGAUGAAUGGGACAGUGGUGAAGGCCGCGAGCGUGGAGAGGAUCGCAGCGAUCCACACGCAGCUCGCCAGGGAUGGAUUCGAGACCAAUCUCUUCGUCGCCAGCGCGCUCAUCGAGGGCUACUCGCGAGCUGGAUCGGUGGCGGAGGCGAGAGGGGUGUUCGAUAGGCUGCCCCGGCGGGAUCUCGUGGCGUGGAACGCGAUGAUCGCUGGCUACGCCCACGCCGGCGAUGGCGAGAUCGCGCUGGAGCUCUUCCACCGCUUGGUCCAGCAGGAAAGAAUGGAGGCCAGCGCGCAGAGCUUCAUCGCAGCACUCAAGGCGUGCGCCAGCCUCGCAGAUCUGGCGACCGGGAAGAAGAUCCACGCGAUGAUCCGUGCCGGGCGGCUCAAGAACAGCACGGUGGUGGCGAAUUCCCUCAUUGGUUUCUAUGGAAGGUGUGGAGAGAUGGAAGAAGCUCACAGGAUCUUCGACGCCAUUGCCAGUGGUGAGAGAGACUCCGUGACUUACAACGCGCUCAUCGCCGGAUACAGCCACCAGGGAUCGCGCGAGGAUCGCGUCUUCGAGCUCUUCGACCGGAUGAUCGAGCGAAAGAUCCCGCCGACGAGCCCUACCUUCUUCUCGAUCCUCACCUCGUGCAGCCGCGCCGGGCUCGUGGACAAGGGCCGCGAGUUCUUCCUGGCAAUGGAGCUCCACCACGGCAUAGCUCCAAAGAUCGAGCACUACGGCUGCAUGGUGGAUCUCCUGGGGCGAGCGCGGCACCUGGGCGAUGCGCUCGCGACGAUCCGGGCGAUGCCGCUGGAACCCAACGCGAUGAUCUGGACGACGCUGCUGGGCGCGUGCUCCAAGUGGAGGAACACCGAGAUCGGGAGGGUGGCGUUCGAGGAGCUCGUCAAGAUCGACGCUGGCGACGGCGCGGCGUACGCUCUCAUGGCGAAUGCGUACGCUGGCGCUGGAAUGUGGGAGGAAUCCAUGGCGAUCCAGGCCAUGCGGAGGAGUGCGGGAGCUUUCAAGCAAGCUGGAGAAAGCUGGUGGAUCGACGAGGGUGGUGGCGUGCACAGGUUUUGGGCCGGGGAUUGCAGCCAUCACCCGCAGGGCGAGAUGAUCGUGGCAAAGGUGGCGGAGUUUAUGGCCAAGAUUUGCGAUCAUGGCUUCGUCCCGGAUUUGAGGUGUGCCUUGCGGGGCGAAGAGAUGGCCGAGGGGGAUAGGAGGGAUGCCUUGUGUGGGCAUAGUGAGAGGUUUGCUAUGGCUUGCGCGCUCGUCAACUUGAAGGGUGAUGAGGGUGCCAUUCGGAUUGCCAAGAACUUGAGGGUUUGCGAGGAUUGUCACGCUGUGACUGCUUUAGUUUCGAGGGUUGAGAACAGGAGUGUGGUGUGCAGGGAUUCGAGCAGGUUUCAUGUGUUUGAAAAUGGGAAAUGCUCUUGUGGAGGGUUCUGGUGAACAAGAAGAAAUUUUUACUAUGUAUAUGGAUGCUGGCUGAGGAACCGCUCAAGAAUUGCAAGAUCAAUCAAGGGGAUGCUGAGGACUUUUUAAGACAUGCUUAUCGAUGCUGGGGUAAGCUUCCAUUUUUUCUUUACAAUGGAGGUUCUGUGUUUUGCAUGCACAAUGUAUCUCUUUUGCCACAUCGUGAGGAUGUGGGUUUACGACAGACCUUGUCAAGAUCCCACUGGAAGGAGGGCCCUUCACACUUCACUGAUUCUUGACAAUCCUCCUCCAGAGCUCCUUGCAGCUCUUACUCUUCCAGAGGAAUGUUCUUGAGCAAAGUUAUGUCUCUUAUUUAUUUCUUUAAAAUUCAAGAAAAUGCUUCUCUAA